GCGAGUGCCAGGAGGUGUUCACCGCCAUCAAAGGGAAUUUCUCCAGCCCUCGGUACCCCAACUUCUACCCCAACAACCUCAAGUGCCAGUGGAGCAUCCAGCUGCCCCCGGGCUACCGAGUCAAGGUCUUCUUCUUGGACAUGGAGCUGGAGGGCCGGAGCAGCCUGACGGGCAGCUGUGACUACGACCACCUGGCCGCCUUCGAUGGUGGCACCGAGAACGGAUCCCUGCUGGGGCGGUGGUGCGGGCGGGAGAGCCUGGCGCCUGUCACCUCCCGCAGCAACCACCUGCUGCUGGUCCUCCACACCGACCGCAACACAGCCAAGAGGGGCUUCUCCAUCGCCUACGUGGGAGUUGUGCCCAUGAACGUCAGCUGCACCCGGACAGACUUCCACAUCCAGAUCCCUGUGCAGUCCCUGGCUCAGAUGGAGAGGAAGAGGAUUUAUCUGGGGACACCCUCCUGUGCAGCCCAGGUGGUUGGUGGGAACUUCAAAAUUCACACCAGGUUCGACACCUGCGGCACCGAAUCCCAGAAACGCAACAGCACCUCUGUCAUGGUCAGCACUCUCUACAUCGACUUCUCCAAGGGUGACCAGGAGGACAUCCACCAGUACGAGGUGCAGUGUGAGCCAAAGAGGAAGGAAGCCUCCGUGACCCUCAUUGCCGGCCCUGACCCGUCCAGGCUCAGCCAGGCAGAAAACCUGGUAGAUGCCCAGAAGCAUGAGGGGGCAGCGACAGACACGCGUGAAAUCAAGAGCCAGGACACCAGUGACAUCGUCUUUAUCAGCAUCUGCAUCCUGGCCGGGCUCCUCAUGGUCAUCGCGGUGGUGGGGCUGGUGCUUCUGUAG